UUAGAGUGAAGCAGCUGAUGAUCAGAGACACAUGAUAAAGACAGAGUUCUCCUCUCCGCUCUGCCCACUCCACUCAGAUCUCCGCCCCAGUCAUCUUGGGCUGCAGCUCGGAGCCCGGAUGCGCCGCCAUGCCGACUCUAUCAGCAAAUGGAAUAAUUUAUUCACCAACCUGGCUGACACUGGGCGACUAGGAGUUGACUGAACAAGUCGUCGGGGGCAGUUUGGAGGACAGAGGGGCCUUUAUCGCGGGCAGACUAGCGCGGACGCUGCGUGUAGGUGUGUGUUUGUAUUAAUGCACAGACACUUGUGUGCUAGCCACGCUAACGUUAGCUCGAGUCGGGAGUAGUGCUGGGUAGUGACAGUCCGGCCGGAGGCGGGGAGAGCUGGGAGAUCCAGAAAAAUUUCCAUGUCUGCAUCAGCUCGGGAAAUCAACCAAGAUGUCUGUUGACGAAGAUACAGUAAAAACUGGUAGUCCGCAGGCCAGCUCAGCUUCAUCUCUGCAGCUCUCUGAAUGUACUGGAAGUUACAGCAAUAUAUCUGUGAUGAUGGAGGGUACAGCAGCCACCCCUGACUUAGCAGCUGCUUGUCCUGUCCUGGGAAUGACGGCCUCACCGAAACACACCAGCACAACUGACACUCUUACGCAGUCAGAGAACGCUGGACAGAGCGCCGGAGCGAAUGAGGAUAACAUCAAUCGCAGGAACAGCUUUCAUCAUUCCAAACAGCAGCAGCAAACAAAGGUUACAAAACGCCGCAACACAUCAAACUCUAGUUUCAAGCAUCCCACAUUCGGCAAGAGGAGACGAAGGGCCAACUCCGAGAGUGACUCCGUCCUGCCCACCAACUUCCUCUUGGGUGGGAACAUUUUUGACCCUCUGAAUCUCAACAGUCUGCUGGACGAGGAGGUCAACAGGGCACUGAAUGCAGAGACACCCAAAUCCUCCCCACUGCCAGCCAAAAGUCGAGACCCCGUGGAGAUCCUCAUCCCCAGAGACAUCACGGAUCCGCUGAACCUGAACAGUGGGAUAGCAGACAGCAGUUUUCUGGUGUCCCCAUUCAAGAGCGGUGGGAGGAAGAGACACCGCAACAGACACCAUGGGGGAGGAGGAGGAGGAGGAGGAGGAGGAGGAGGGAUUUCAACCACGCAGAUCAACCACUCAGAAUCAGGAAAAAGUGAGGUUAAAACCGGCGCGUCUACGCCACUUCCAGGUAUGUUUGCGUCACGCUCUGCACUAGAUGUCUCCAAAGAGUCAGACAGUUUCUCCAGUGUCACCGGGGAUUCCCAUGAGCACUCAGCCGACAACUCAGCCAGCUGUAAGGAGGAGUUGUCUGUAUCGAUGGAGGAUUCCUCUCUCUCCAUAUCGGGGGGAACAAACCAGCACACAAGCAGACGCAAGCGAAGGCGCAACUCUGGCAAAAUGGACACUCCUGUGACUCAUUCUACCCCCAUAGGAAAGUCAGGAUUUGGAGAGAGGAGUUGCAAUACUACAGGGGCACCAAGGAAUUCUCAGUCCUUCCACACACCAAGGAGUGGUCCCAAAUUUGGGUCAGGAGGUCGUCAGCACCAGCAGAUGUACAACCAGGCAAAAGACCAACAGAAGAAGAAGUUCCAGUAUGGAAACUAUAACAAGUAUUAUGGCUAUCGCAACCCAGGAGCAAGUGAGGACCCACGGAUACGUGUGUUUCGUCCCAAAUGGUUUGAAGGUAAAGACGUACUGGAUUUGGGGUGCAACUCAGGCCAUCUAACACUAUAUAUUGCCAAAAUGCUAAGACCUGCCCGCAUAUUGGGUCUUGAUAUUGACAGUGAUUUGGUACAUGCAGCCCGUAAGAACAUCAGGCAUUAUCUGUCUGAGCUGCAGACCCAAGAGGCCAGGCGUGCAACGCAGGAGAAAAAGAACACUGAACAGGAGGAGGAGAGGAAUGGAAAUGCGAGUCACACAGCCAGUGAAAAGAAGCACAAUGACGCUGAGAGCAGGGAUGAAAAUGGGAAACUAUUGAAAGGAGAAUGUGGCCCUGCAGAGGCUGUAAAUGACAAUGACUCCUGUCACACACAUGAGACAGGGACCCAGAGGCUGGACAGCAAAGCAGAGGAAAUGGAGAAGGAAGAUGGUGAUUCACCCCCCACUGAUCGCUCUGUGAGCUGCUCUUUUCCUGUAUCUCUACGGAUCUCCAGGGGGCCCAUCGCUGCACCUCCACUAACUGAAACAUCCAGCACACGGCCUGGGGAGUUCCCCUCAAAUGUGUCCUUUGUCAAGGCCAAUUAUGUACUGGAGAACGAUAAUCUUCUUUUGACUCAGCGGGCAGAGUACGACGUGAUCUUGUGCCUGAGCGUCUCCAAAUGGGUUCACCUGAACUGGGGGGACAGUGGCCUCAAACGGCUCUUCAAGAGAGCCUACAGACAUCUCCGUCCUGGAGGCAUGUUCAUCCUGGAGCCACAGCCCUGGGAGUCGUACGUGAGGAGGAAGAAGCUGACUGAUAAUAUUAGCAGGAAUUAUCACAGCAUCUGUCUGAAACCUGACCAGUUUUCAUCAUACCUUAUAAAUGAGGUGGGCUUCGCCAGUUUUGAGCACCUUGGGGCCCCCAAGUGUUCAAUAAGAGGUUUUCAGAGGCCAAUCUACUUAUUUCACAAAUGACCGCUUCUGCCUUGGAGAUCAUUGAAUGUGAGUAGCCUAAACCGCAACCAUACAUACAAACCAGCCAGCAGCCCCGGACUGUAAGGAAUCAUCUGAACAGUUACUCCAGCUUUUCAGAUGCUACAGAUGAAAUUCAUAAAGGAGAAUGGGACCAAAAGUGGGAUUCAUUUCGUAAAGAUGAGCUCAGUCAAGAAGAAAGAAGAAGCACCUAUCAGAAUCAUUUGUCACUACAAGUAUAUUGAGAAAGUAUGGAGUGAACUCCAAUAAGACUCUUCAGUGUAUGACCUGGAGCCAAACAUCAUACUUUGGCUCCAGACUGCAGAAGAGGUGCUCAGCUGAUCAUUUCCUUGGACUGUCCCCAGUGCUAAUGACGCCCCAGUUUGAUGCACGGCCAUAACAUGUUUGAAUAUCUCUGUCCAUAUAUCUUUACUUUUAUAACUGUGUUCUGUGCCACCAUAUCACUAUACAUCAUACAUAUUAGGGUUGGUUGAUUGGGCAGAAUUUUCCAGUGCGCUACCACAUCUGCAGAAGUGCAGUAUACCAGUGGAUUAUAAAGCCAUUAAACAGAUCAUAUACAGACGUGAUGUGUCUUGAUAAGCCACACUGGAGGGCAGGUGGUUUAUUCUAUGCUGUGGAGAUAACCUGCGCUGUAAAUAUUGCUGGUUACUAAUGGCUUUGAAAUCCUGCCCUUGGAGGUUAAAUAUUUGCAGCCACAAAUCUGGUAAAGGCAGAUGCAUAAUUGCACACAGACUUUGGGGAUUUUUAAAUUGGCUAAAUAAAAUCCACCAGCCUUAAAUUCAUUGUCACUAAUAGGUGAGGUUUUUGCCCCAUCUCCCAACCCUAAUAUAUAGUUUGUUUUGUCAUAAUUUUGCAAAAUAGGCCUUAAAGCUAAAUGAACUUGAACCUGUUACAGAGCUCCUAAAAUGUCUUACAUUUUGCAAUGAGUAUAACAAAGUUCCUAAAUUACACAAACCAAUGAUCCUAUGAAGUGAAAAGUGAUUUGUGUAAGUUAUGAAAAUGAUCCAUGAUGACAAAAGUGUUCUCAGAACAACAAACAUCCAGCGAAAUACUGAAUGUUAAACCCUAAGUGUACAGUUUUAAAGAUGCUUUUUU